CCUCCGACUUCAAACACCACAGUCCGUCCCGUUCAAAAAUCAAAAGCCGCACCGGAGAAAGCACGGCGCUUCUCUUCUCCCAAUGCAGAUUGAUGGAGCGGCAGGGAUCAUGGCUUUGGACCUUUGGUUCGUUGUGUGAGUGAUGAUUCCCUCUCCCCCCCGUUCCAAUCUCCUAGCCCAAGUAAAGAAUCGUCGCCUCGCCACAAGCCAAGCCCGAGGACAAUGGCUCUGCGGUUCUUGGCGGUCGUGGGGUUUUUCUCCGCCGCGGCGGCGGCUGCGGUGCCGCGGCCUGAGCCGGAGGUGAAGCCGAGCGACACGGACGCGCUGGCCAUGUUCCGUCACGCUGCCGAUGCGCACGGCAUCCUGGCCGGCAACUGGAGCACGCCCGACGCCUGCGCCGGCCGCUGGACCGGCGUUGGGUGCUCCUCCGACGGCCGCCGGGUCACCUCGCUCUCUCUCGGCUCGCUCGACCUGCGGGGCUCCCUCGACCCGCUCUCCCACCUCACCGAGCUCCGCGUGCUCGACCUCCGCGGGAACCGCCUCAACGGCACCCUCGACGGCCUCCUCCUCGGCGCCCCCAACAUCAAGCUCCUCUACCUCUCCCGCAACGACAUCUCCGGCGCCGUCCCUGACGCCCUCGCGCGGCUCCCCUGCCUCGUCCGCCUCGAUCUAGCAGACAACAGCCUGCGCGGGCCCAUCCCGGCCGCCACGCUCGCCAACCUUACCGACCUCCUCACGCUCAGGCUCCAGGACAACCUCCUCACCGGUCUGCUCCCGGACCUCGCCAUCGCCCUGCCCCGCCUCGCGGACUUCAAUGCCUCCAACAACCAGCUCUCCGGCAGGGUGCCCGACGCGAUGCGCGCCAAGUUUGGUCUCGCCUCGUUCGCCGGCAAUGCCGGCCUUUGCGGGACGAUGCCUCCGCUGCCGUCCUGUUCUUUCAUGCCGCGCGAGCCCGCCCCGACAUCGCUUUCCGCCCCUGCAUCGUCGUCGCAGUCCGUCGUGCCGUCCAAUCCAGCCGCCUCCUCGUCGUCGUCGUCCGUUGCUUCGUCCUCACCGGCAUUGGCCACACCAAAGGGAGCCGCUGGCAAGGGGGGCUUGAGCACAGGCGCGAUUGUCGGGAUUGCCGUCGGCAAUGGCCUCUUCUUGUUCGCGCUGCUGUCGCUGCUGGUUGCGUAUUGCUGCUGUAGCACCGGCGGCGGCAGCGAGACAGCCACGAAGAGGAAAAGAGGCGGCCGCGUGGGCCUGGUAGACGGAGACGGCGGGAUGUUCGGCCACGGCAAGGGCAUGCAGCCAGCUCGCCCAGGCAGCGCUGGCAGGUGCAGCGACGGCGGCGACAGCGACGGGGCACGCAGCAAGUUGGUAUUCUUCGGGGUCGACGGCGAAAGCGGCGGCAACGACGAAGCUGACGAUGACGGGGGAAGCGAUAGCAGCGCCGGACGGAGGGCAAGUGGUGGCUGGACAGCGCAACAGCAGAGGAGGAGGAGCAAGUUCGAGCUCGAGGAGCUGCUUCGCGCGUCAGCGGAGAUGGUCGGUCGUGGUAGCCUCGGGACAGUGUACCGCGCGGCGCUGGGCGACGACCGCAUGGUGGCCGUGAAGCGGUUGCGCGACGCCAACCCCUGCGCCCGCGACGAGUUCCACCGGUACAUGGACCUCAUCGGCCGCCUCCGUCAUCCGAAUCUCGUCCCCCUCAGGGCCUUCUACUACGCCAAGCAGGAGAAGCUCCUCAUCUACGACUACCUCCCCAACGGCAACCUCCAUGAUCGCCUCCACGGGCACCAGAUGACAGGGGAGACGCCGUUGGACUGGACGACGAGGGUGACGCUGCUGCUCGGCGCGGCGCGCGGGCUGGCCUGCAUCCACAGGGAGUACCGCGAGUCCACCAUACCCCACGGCAACAUCAAGUCCACCAAUGUCCUGGUCGACAAGAACGGCGCCGCCUGCGUCACAGACUUCGGCCUCGCGCUUCUGCUCAGCCCGGCGCACGCCAUUGCCCGCCUCGGCGGGUACAUCGCGCCGGAGCAGUCGGGCGACCACAAGCGCCUCUCACAGGAGGCAGACGUGUACAGCUUCGGCGUGCUCGUCCUAGAGGCGCUGACCGGCAAGGUGCCGGCACAGCACCUGCAGCCGCUGCCGGACGCAGCCGGCAACAGCGCACAGAGGAAAGAUAAGCAGGCGGCUGUGAGCCUCCCGGAGUGGGUGCGGUCGGUGGUGCGGGAGGAGUGGACGGCAGAGGUGUUCGAUGCGGAGCUGCUCCGGUACAAGAACAUCGAGGAGGAGAUGGUGGCGUUGCUGCACAUCGCGCUGGCGUGCGUGGCGCAGCUGCCCGAGCAGAGGCCUUCCAUGGCCGACGUGGUGAGGAUGAUCGAGAGCGUCCCCGUGGACCAGUCGCCGCUCCCGGAGGAGGAUGUAUCGAUGUCGCCGUCCAUUGGCAUCACCACGGACGAUGGUCUCAGCUACUAGUUUUAGUUCACCAUCAGCUCUCCACUUUCAUAGCUAGUACGUACUAGCAUUCUUCACUGUGCUUGGUGAUGUUCUGGGUUGAAAUGCAUUUUCCUGGUUCCGUUCAUGGAAAUGUUGAAAUGUUUAUCGUCCUAAUGCGUUGACAACUAUGGUACUAGUAUUUCUGCAUCAUAUUUAAGAGAUAAAUUCUUUCGUGGUCA